GUUUCCCUUCAGCCAGCGCUAGCUUACCAUGCUUCUAAUGUGAAGUCUCUUCACUUUAAAUAUGGCGCUGAAUCAUUUAAGCGUGGUGCGACCUCUGCUGUGUCAGUCCCUGGUGCGACAUGCCAGGUGCCCCCUCACAGUCGCCUCGAGGGUCCGAGGUAGACCGUCUCUUUGUCCUGGCAGCUCCCAGCACCCCUCUGCUGCUGCUGCAUGCAUCAGGCUCUACGCCACCAAGAAAGCAAAAGUAAAGGCAAAGGGCCAGUCAGUGAAGUUGAACAUUAAUUCAACUGCGGUGGAAGACAUCAUCAGUCUGGAUGCAGUGAAGGAGGACAUGAACGCUGUUCUUACUGCGCUCAAAAAUGAGUUCACACGUAGCCUCAGCAUCCGAACCUCACUAGGGGCUUUUGAUCACAUUGUGGUGACGACUCCAGAUGGGAAGUACCCCCUUAACCAUCUGGGUCAGAUCUCUAUGAAGUCACCUCAACUCAUUAUGAUCAACAUGGGCAGCUUCCCUGAAGCCACAGCGGCGGCCGCCCAUGCCCUGAGAGAGACCAGCAUGGACCUAAACCCAGAGGUGGACGGGACCAUCAUCAAGGUGCCUGUUCCCAAAGUGACACGAGAACACAGAGAGAACCUCGCCAAGCUAGCCAAACAGUUCGGCAACAAGGCUAAAGACUCCCUGAGGAAAGUGCGCUCGAAUGCUGUCAACCAGGUGAAAAAGGCUAAAGAGGGGCACUCAGAAGACACUCUUCGGCUCAUAGAAAAACAGAUUCAACAGAUGACAGACAACGUAACAGCGGACAUCGACAAACAGCUUGCAGCCAAGACCAAGGAGUUGUUAGGCUGACACAACAGAUUUGCAGGUCUUCGCUUUGAUAUUUCAUUAUUAAAUCGAAGAUAUACCCAACAAACAGCAUCAUGCUGUUUCACAAUAACAGGCAGUGAGUGGAUCUUGUCAGUAAUAAACUUUCUGACUCGCACGCAGAAACACUGUUUGGUCUUCUUACCCAUUUUUGCCCCCCCCCCCCCAUCAAAUCUAAACCUUUUGUUUCCAGACCACAUUGUUGGUACUCAUCGCUGCAGUGAGAUAUUUGUGUCCGGCUGCGUUUAGUGCACAACUAAAAACAACAAAGACAACACUCCCUGUCACCUCCUUCCUCCCUUGUUACUCUUCCCGUUUUCAAACAAACAGUGGAAAAAAAGGGACGGAUGGACUUUUAAUGGGAUUUGUGGGCCUCCUCCUAAUCAAACCCCUCGCCACAGGGUUUGUCUGUUUAUACAAAGCGAGCGCACCCGUCCGAAUGUAAACUGGCUGCGGGUUUUUUUUGGUGGCAAAACAGAGACUUCCAAGUCAUCUGAACAGACACCAUUAGCGUGUUGCCAAACAUUUGUUUCGCAUUGAUUCCAAAGUCUAUUAAAAAAUGCACUUGAGGCGGAAAAGGGGGCUUUAAUUUCAGUCCAUGUCUAGGAUUGAUAACACAGCUACUCUAUUUUAAACACAGUAAAGUCAGGAAAGUAACAUUAUUGAUGGACUCCAUUAAAGAAACACUGCUUUGAA